AUGAUUUUCAAUUCUUUAAUUAAUAUUAUAAAUAAAUCAUCACCAUCAUCAUUAAAUAAUAAUAAUAAUAUAAAUUCAAAAUCUCUUCAAAUUAAUUCUGAAAAUAAAUCUAAAAUUCAAAAUAACAAUCCACUUGGUAAUAAAGGUGGUGUUCAAUUUUAA